CCCCGCAGAGGGAAUGGCAACAGCCUGCUGGGAUCGAUGUGGACUGCCAGCUGCCGAUCUCGCUGUUGACAGUAAAAGCAGAUAUGUUCCUUGCUCACUGCCAUUAGCACUGACCAUGACCCUUCACACCAAAACCUCUGGAAUUACCCUGCUGCACCAGAUUCAAGGCACUGAACUGGAGACACUGAGCAGACCUCAGCCUAAGAUUCCCCUGGAAAGAUCGCUCAGCGACAUGUACGUGGAGAGCAACAAGACAGGAGUUUUUAACUACCCAGAAGGGGCCACUUACGAUUUUGGUACUACGGCUCCAGUGUACAGCUCUACUACUCUCAGUUAUGCCCCAACUUCUGAAUCUUUUGGGUCCAGCAGCCUGGCAGGAUUUCACUCACUGAACAAUGUCCCGCCAAGCCCAGUGGUGUUCUUGCAAACGGCACCCCAGCUCUCACCCUUCAUCCAUCAUCACAGUCAACAGGUACCCUAUUACCUCGAGAACGAACAGGGCAGCUUUGGGAUGAGGGAAGCUGCUCCUCCAGCCUUCUACAGGCCAAGCUCUGAUAGCAGGCGCCACAGCAUCCGGGAGAGGAUGUCCAGUACCAGUGAGAAAGGGAGCCUGUCCAUGGAGUCCACCAAGGAGACCCGGUACUGUGCUGUCUGCAAUGACUAUGCCUCAGGCUACCACUAUGGAGUCUGGUCUUGUGAAGGCUGCAAAGCUUUCUUCAAAAGGAGUAUUCAAGGGCACAAUGACUACAUGUGUCCUGCUACUAACCAGUGCACAAUCGACAAGAACAGAAGAAAGAGUUGCCAGGCUUGCCGGUUAAGAAAAUGCUAUGAAGUGGGAAUGAUGAAAGGUGGAAUCCGGAAGGACCGCAGAGGUGGACGAACGAUGAAACAAAAACGUCAAAGAGAGGAACAGGAUUCCAGGAAUGGGGAGGCUUCUACAGAGCUGCGAGCUCCCACCCUUUGGACAAGCCCACUGAUGGUUAAACAUAACAAGAAGAACAGUCCAGCCCUGUCCCUGACGGCAGAACAGAUAGUCAGUGCCUUGCUGGAAGCUGAGCCACCCAUAGUUUAUUCUGAAUAUGACCCAAAUAGACCAUUCAAUGAAGCCUCUAUGAUGACCCUGUUGACCAACCUUGCAGACAGAGAAUUAGUGCAUAUGAUCAACUGGGCAAAGAGAGUUCCAGGAUUUGUGGAUUUAACACUCCAUGAUCAGGUCCAUCUGCUGGAAUGUGCCUGGUUAGAGAUACUGAUGAUUGGCUUAGUCUGGCGCUCCAUGGAACACCCAGGAAAGCUUUUAUUUGCACCUAACCUAUUACUGGACAGGAAUCAAGGGAAAUGUGUAGAGGGAAUGGUGGAAAUCUUUGACAUGCUGCUGGCUACUGCUGCUCGGUUUCGCAUGAUGAACCUUCAAGGGGAGGAAUUUGUGUGCCUUAAGUCCAUCAUUCUGCUCAAUUCUGGUGUGUACACUUUUCUUUCCAGCACCUUGAAAUCUCUGGAAGAGAGAGACUAUAUUCACCGGGUUCUGGACAAAAUCACAGACACACUGAUACACCUAAUGGCUAAGUCGGGUCUUUCUCUGCAGCAGCAGCACAGACGACUGGCUCAGCUCCUCCUCAUCCUCUCUCACAUCAGACACAUGAGCAACAAAGGAAUGGAGCACCUGUACAAUAUGAAGUGUAAAAAUGUAGUUCCGCUCUAUGAUCUGCUGCUGGAGAUGCUGGAUGCUCACCGACUGCAUGCCCCAGCAGCCAGGAGUGCUGCACCAAUGGAAGAGGAGAACCGGAGCCAGCUGACAACUGCAUCAGCUUCAUCUCAUUCCUUGCAGUCUUUCUACAUAAAUGGCAAAGAGGAAGAGAAUGCAGAAUACAGUAUAAACAGAAGUCAGCAUAUAGAAUGGUAUGAGAAACCCAGCAGCAUACUACCUAGCUUCUGCUUCAUUUUGUCUCUAGUGCCACCUCUGUAAACACUCCAAUGACAACAGUCACCUGCAUUUUCCAUUUGAGUGUUUGGCAAGCGCUUGCCUAAAUUGAUUGCUUAUCCUAAAUGGAAGACAUUUCAUUGCUAUGGACAGCCAGCAAGAACUGUCAGGCUAAGUUGAUUUAAAAUUCGCAGUGUUUUUAUUUAAUUCUGCUUGUAAAUUGGGUAAGUCCUAAUUUAAACUGAACAUUCAUCUUACUAUAAAUUAAUAGGCCAUACCACCAAUGCAUAUUGGUAACUUUAGGUAUGGUAGUAGCCUUUGUUGAUAUCCACCGCAAACUCUGAGCUUGCUUAAUCCUUUACUUGCUUGAAUUUUGAAGCAGCUUAGAAGAGAUUCUGGAUGACUUCUGGGGGGCAAGUAAGUGGAAAGUUGAUUGGCAUCGCAGCAUGCCGUAGUGAAACUGCACUGCUAGUGACUGCCUUGGUAGGUUACGUAGAUUCCCAUCUCUCCUCUUCCUACAGUAGAAAGGAACCCUGUCUAAGAAUAAUACUGUUUUACCUUGCUGGCUUACAUCAGCAGACAACUCUCUCUCAAGUUCACACUGACCAAACUCUUAGAUACCGUAUGAUAUUCUUUAGCUGAAAUGCAUUGCAUGAAUCCUCUCUUGUCUGAUCCUACACAGUUAACUGUCAUAUUCUUUGGCCAUAUGUAAAUGAAGGGCAACAUGGCAAGCAGUGGUAACAUAGAUGAUUAGUCUCAAAUCAGACUAGAUGACUGAAAAAUCGUCAGGUCUUAAAACAACAGAAAAACUCUUCACUCACACAUGGCAUGGUUGAGCACUGUAUUAUAGAAACCUCCCUUUGUCUUUUCCUUUAUUAUGCUACAAACCAAGGGGUGAGAAUGCCAGUGCAAGACUGGCACAGCAGGGUGGGAUGGUCCCAUCCCACUCAGUAGUGUGUGGCCUAGCUGUGAAUGGGAGGCUGGCAUCACAGAGCAGUUGGCUUUGCAUUGCUGGGGCUUUCUUUGGCUUUCAUUGAGCCAUGCUCAGAAUCACUGUUAAGAGCCAGCUCACUUGUGACACCAGAACUGGGCAAUGAGAUUCAAACAUGGUGCAGACUCUGGGACUGCAUGUUGAGAAAGAGAAAUCUGACCUUCUCCAUGCAUUUGAUUUUCAUAAGGAUCAGUCAGGUUCAUCAGACCAACUAUAAAUGUACAAAAAGUCCACUGACAUCAAGAGUUUCUGCAAGGCAUAAAGGACAGAGACUGAAGAUACACAGACUCUGUGCUACUAAAAGUAGGAGUCGGUGCUGCUGUUUGACUGCCUCUAUGGUAGAAAAUUAAAUGUGCCAGGGAACAUUGCUGGGUACUGGAAUGUGAUUGUUACAUAUACCAAGGAUAUUUUACUAGUCCAAUGAUGAACUUGGCCUGUGCUAUCUGCACAUCUGGUUUACAGGUGCACUUUGGGAGUUGGCAUGGACCAGGGACUAUUCCAGUAGCUGGCUGGAAGUGACCACCCUGCCAGUAAGGAUGUCUCAUAGCGUAUGUGUAGGCUGCUCCACAGCAGCUGGCCACAGUGCUAUAGAAGGGUUCAGGGAUGCUUCUUUUACUGCUGAAGUUGAAACCUUUAUGUUAGAUUACGUUGAUUGAAAAAUCCUGUAGUUACUAGAUAUAGGAAGUAGUGCAACUAAUGCUGUACAGGAGAGCCUAUGUCUCACUAUGCUGUCCCACAAGUGGAGUCUUUGUGCAGUGGGAUUGAUUUACAGAUCAAUUGUGAAGGCAGCAAGGCAUGGGACAAGUUUCUGCUCCAAAUCAAGGAUUGGAUUCUUUAGUGAAUGUACAUAAUGAUGUCUGUCACAGUUUCAUGUACAUAUCCAAAGAUAUCAGCAGUUUAAGUCUUUGAAAACUGUGCAAGCCUAAACAUGUGAAGCAGUCACUGUAAGUUCAUAGGCCUUUUAUUGAUGCAUGUUAUAAUGUCAUUUUUUUUUCCUUGUGCUCAAGGAUUCGGGGUUUUUUGUAUAUUCAGUAAGAGUGUGUGUGCACAAAUUUGGUACCUAAAGGCUUUGGGAGAGCUCCUAAAUACCUUGAAAGAAAAGGCAAUUUUUGUUUUGUUUAGUAGCUGGUUUUCAAAUGUGUUAGAAAAUUACCAAAUCCCCUGAAAUGAGUGCAGGCUUAGAUCUGAAUGGAGCACAGGAUUCAUUGUAGUUAUGCUUAUGUGCUUACACCAUCAUCAUUCCCUUGUAGCCCAGUGUGUUUCAUAGCUGCUCUUUAAAUAUCAUAUGUAUGUGCAACUUGGUGCUGCACACAAACAAACACACAAAUCAACCUCAUAAACUGCAAGACAAAUUGGCUGAAAUGAAAGCCUCCCUUCCUACAUCCCAGAGCAGUUCAUUGCAUUAAUUCAAGUGCAAUUUUGACCUAGAGGGGAAAAAAACCCAACAGAAUAGUUCAUGGAGAUCAAUGGAGUUCAGGGGGAUCAGAUUCUCAGUACUUAGGGCAAGUACCACCACACUCUACAGGUUUUCUCAGUGAAGAUGGAUAAGGGUGAUUUAAAGUGGUAGGCAGCAGACAAAAGGGUAUUGUGAUUUCUCUUGGAACAUAAGCUCACAAACUCAAUUAUGAAUGCUUUCCUAGGCUCAGCCCUAGCAAGGAAUUUAUUUAGAUUCAACCAGUACUCCCAUGGUUAUGGUGAAAACAGUAAAGGGGGCCUGAGAUAAAAUAGUGAUUCCCAGUAAUACAUUAAUCUACCUUAGGGCAGUUUCAGGAUCUGUCAUUAACUUGUUAAUGAGAUUUUAAUUAAAGCAGCACCUUAAGAAUAUAGUAACCUUCCCAUAGUUAUUUAUCUAUAAAGAUGAUUGUUCACAUACCGGACAGCUGAAUGUAGCUACUCAAUUGAUUAAACGAAAUCUAAGAUACGAAAAUGGCAAUUUGUUUUCAUAUGUAAUUCUGAAUUAUGCUCUUGUGUAUGCAAACAAUUGUGCCUGACAUUUGUUAAUUUUUAUUUCACAGGAUGCUAUUAUAUGUGUGUGUGUGUGCGUGUAUAUAUAUAGAUAUAUAUAUAUAUAUAUACUUUAUAUUUGCAGCUGACAAACCAGUACUACCGGAAUAGCUGGUGCUGGAUAUUAAAUAAAAAUACAUAGCAUGUUAAAAACCAUAAAAAUUAAAGAAAACUAUUCAAGGCAGCUAAUUAUACUUUUACCAAAACAUUCAUAGUGAUGUCUCUGGAGAACUAAUGACAGAAUUAUUUUAUAAUGUUUAUACGUGGAUUUUUUUUUAAAAAAAUUUAAAUUAAAAAAAAAAACAACACAAACAACAAAAGCCAAACCAAAACACCACCCCCCCUCAGAAACACAGGCAAUGUAAUACCAGCACAAGCCAAAUAGAAAUAGACCAGAUGAACUUGCUGUGCUUGAGAAUAAUAUUGUUACUGAACUAUUACAAAAAGCUUGAGAGAGGAGGAGAUAGGGUGAUGUGUAGCACUUAGUAGUGUUUGAGUUUCCAACAGUCUAUGAGAGCUACUCUAGCUUAUAGUGGUUCAAGCCAUGUCUCAAACAUUGUAGACUUUGCCUCAGGUAAAACUCCCCAUUGGGAUAGCAGGAUUUCUACUGGGUAAAAUAACUUCAUGGGAGUUUCUUGGUGUGUGUUUAUGAUAAAUUUACUAUUAUGUUUUAGUGACAUAUUUUGAUGAUUUUUCUCCUUCUCUGUACUGAGGGGUUUCAGAAUUGAAAAGAAUGUAUUUAAAGAAAUAAUCUGAACUGAGCUCCCAAGGGUAUAGAAAGACUGUCAGCAAGUCACUGGACUUAAACUGAAAAAAAAGGAAAACAAAAGAAAACCCAAUCCACCCUCUUCAUCUAAGCCAUAGUUUGUAUCAGAGCCUCCAUCCAUUUCAGCUAAUGCUGACUGACUCCUUAAGAGCUGUGCCAAAGGUUUAAAAUUAAAUAAAUUACCAGCAAAGUGAAAUACUGCCUCACUAGGGCCUUAAUCACAUCACAGGCUUUUGGUAGGAACACAGCAAGCCUCUCCUGUGUAUAUAAUAUCCUGCUCUAAAAUUAGAAUGCAGCCCAACCUAAAGCUAAUGGGAUUUUAUAUAUAAAUUAUUCUCAGCUGAUCUUAUGCGAAGUGCAUUUCUUACUUUGAAUAAAGAGAUGGGUAUUUUCAAUGCUAUCUAAAACCAUAAUAGAGGUCUACAGAUAGAAAUUCAACACAUAAAAGAAUUGUGUUAAUGAUGGUAUCAUAGUAGAAACCAGUCUUUGCUGUCACCUGCAACCAUAGCAUCAUCUCAACCUGAUCUGAAAAUUUUAAACUAAUAUUUCCCUAAUGUUAAUGUUCUGCCCUUUCUACUUGCAACUCCCGUUCAUCUUUCAAAUAUAGAUAGUCUUACAUCCUGAAAGUUGUUUUCAAAGUGAUUCUUGCCCAGAAGGGUAUUCAUUUUUGCACUGUGUUUAAAAAAACCCAUAAAACUUAAAAAAAAAAAAAUCUUUUGCAUUCAAAUGUGCCUAAAGAAACAAACAAAAAAGUUUAAAAAAAAGUAUAUGCUGCCAUCUUGCAAAUUAGUAUGCUCUGUACUCCUGUGUGCCUCUAAGCAGAAGUCUUUUCCUUCAGAAAAUGCCCAUUGCAUUAACAAGCCACUUUAUGUAUCACCUUAUUGUAUAUAUUAUAAAACUAAAGCUUUUGUGUGCACUCUGUAGUCUGUCAAUGAAAAGUCCUUUCUUUGGUAUAGGCUCAGCUGCCAUAAUGUAUUUGUUGAAGUAUUCUGUACUUUCAUUGAUGCAUAUAAAAUUAUUGAUGUCUACAUUUUGGUGAGGUUUGUUUUUUUUCUUUGUUUUGCACCUAAAAAAGUCUUAAUGAGAAAUACAGUAGGCUACCUGAUUGGUGCAAGAUUUAUAUCAAUGUAUUUGGUGUUGAAAAUAAAGAAUUAACCAGAACACUUUGA